AUGUGUGCUCUCAUGACUUCGGUACCUACAACAGUGACUGCAGGCGACGGCGUGGCCGAUGCCUGUGCUGCGAUGCCAUGCGUACUUGCACCUCCGCCUAAACCAGCACUCGAUAACCUUCCCAUGGAGCUCAUCACAAACAUCGUGAAGUUCAUACCCAGUUCGCCUAUUACACCUGUACGGCAGUUGUUCUGGGCUAACUACGCCCCGGUUCUUCUCGAGAAGAUCUUCUCCUCAUUCAAAGUUAUGGAAGGACUUGAGGAGAUACAUUUUGGGUCGAGAAGUAGCGCUCAUAAGCCGUUACCGCGUUCAGAACCUUUCAUCAUGAGUAUAGGGUUCGACUACGCCCAUACUAAUCUUGCUCGUUGGCUGUUCCAACGUAUCUACAACCGCGAGAUUGGCACCUACAUUUCCGCUGGACACAUGCGAUUGCUGCAUCGGAUAUUGUCGGACACUGGUUUCAACAAGGAAAUCAUUCACCUGAAUAUGCGCAACCUCACCGGGACUGAACGAUUGUCUCUACCUGGACUAUGGCCAUACCUGGAUCACCCAAGCUUUCAGAAACUCAACUUUGUAGAUGUGGACCAUGCGCAUCCAAUGGACAACAUCAGGGCACCGUCGACGAUGAGACUUGAUCCGAAGAACAACGCAACCUCCCUCCUGACGCCUAUGGCGCAGGACACCUACUGGGGCUCCUUUGAGGAGAUCUCCAAGUACAAUGUGCAGCUCAACUACCUCGAGAAGAUGUGGAUGGCCUGGUACCAAUGGAUGGGCAACGAUGUCCUGGCGACCGGAAUCAUGUCCUUCGUCUUCCACGAGCUCUUUUACUUUGGACGCGCGCUUCCCUGGAUCAUCAUCGACUGCAUACCCUUCUUCAACCGAUACAAGCUCCAACACCAAAAAAUCCCCACUACCUGGGAACAAACACAAUGCGCCGCCCUCGUCCUCCUGUCUCACUUCACCGUCGAGCUUCCCCAGAUCUGGAUGUUCCACCCCAUGUGCCAGUACUUCGGCCUCCAGACCUCCGUUCCCUUCCCCAGCAUCUACAAGAUGGCGUACCAGAUUGCCAUUUUCUUCGUCUUCGAGGAUGCAUGGCACUACUGGAUGCACCGCGCCAUGCACGCCAGCUCCUUCCUCUACAAGAACAUCCACAAGAUCCACCACCAAUACUCUGCUCCCUUCGGUCUGGCCGCCGAGUACGCCUCGCCCAUUGAAGUCAUGAUCCUGGGCUUCGGUACUGUCGGAGUCCCAAUCGUCUUCUGCGCCAUCACCAAGGACCUCCAUAUCUUGACCAUGUACGCUUGGAUCUGCCUCCGUGUGUUCCAGGCCAUCGACGCGCACAGCGGCUACGAGUUCCCAUGGAGCCUGCACCACUUCCUGCCUUUCUGGGCCGGCGCCGAGCACCACGAUGUUCACCACGAGAAGUUCAUUGGCAACUACGCCAGCAGCUUCAGGUGGUGGGACCUGCUCUUCGACACUGAGGCCGGUGCUGAGGCUUCCAAGAAGCGCCGUGAGCGCAAGAUGGCCGCUGCCAAGCUCAAGAAGGCCAACUGA